GGGGUAGGUGACUUUUCUAUGGGAAGCUCAGUUUUUUUGCAUCUUUCUCAAGUAAUUUGUUACCCCUUCCUUUCAAUUUCUUCACCCUUCUUUACUUAAAUGUACUACUAGUGCUAAUCAUCUACUGUUGACCUUUUGUUUUUUUUAUAAUACAAGUAGUUUUAGGCAAUAAUUAUAAUUAUGGAAAUAUAUCAGGUUUUGCUUCUUGGAGGGUAGAUUGUCUUUGGGAGUGGAUUCUAAGCAAAGACUGGCUCUAGAUUAACAGAAAGAAAAAUCCCUCAUUUCUUGUUCACCCCAACAGUUCAAAAGAAAAGAAAAAAGAGUAUGGAUUAAAACGAAAGUUGGAUUGUGUUGGGGUUGAAGAUGGACAGGAGGAGUUGGCUGUGGAGAAGAAAGUCUACAGAGAAGAGUCCAGGUGAAACUGAUAGUUCAGGAGGUUCCAUUUCAUCUUACUCUGAGAGAUUCUCUGAUGAGCAGGCUGGUGCAACUCAUAGUUCUCUAUCACUGGAAGUCACAUCAAAAGCAGUACCCAUGGAUGAAGAAGUUAAUGAUAAUGUGAAGUCUCUAACAGAGAAAUUAUCAGCUGCUCUUAUAAACAUCAGUGCCAAAGAAGACUUGGUAAAGCAGCAUGCUAAAGUUGCAGAAGAAGCUGUGUCAGGCUGGGAGAAGGCUGAAAAGGAUGUGUUGGCUUUGAAGCAACAGCUUGAUGCUGCUAUUAAGAAAACUGCAGCACUUGAAGAUCGAGUUGGUCAUCUUGAUGGGGCACUGAAGGAAUGUGUCAGACAACUUAGACAAGCGAGAGAAGAGCAAGAACGGAGAAUCCAUGAAGCUGUUGCCAAGAAAUGUCAUGAAUGGGAAUCUUCAAAGUCUGAGCUUGAGAGUCAGCUUGUGGAUCUCAAGGCUCAACUUCAAACCACAAAAAGCGAGACUGCUGCCUCAGUUGAUCCUGAUCUUCAUCCAAAGCUCGAGGCUUUUGAGAAAGAGAACUCAGCCCUUAAACUUCAGCUCCUUUCUCGAGCUGAGGAGCUACAACUUAGGAUUAUUGAGAGGGACCUGAGCACCCAAGCAGCUGAAACUGCCAGCAAACAACAUUUGGAGAGCAUAAAGAAGUUGGCUAAGCUUGAAGCUGAGUGCCGCAAGCUAAAAGUCAUCGCUCGGAAAGCAUCCCCUGCUAAUGAUCAGAAGUCUUACGCUGCCUCCUCAAUUUGUGUUGAUUCUUUUACUGAUAGCCAAUCAGACAGUGGGGACAGGCUACUUGCAGUUGAAACUAAUAUGCGCAAGAUGAGUGGGUUGGAGAUGAAUGAAUGCGAGACAAGCCGCUCAGAAGCAUGGACAUCUGCCCUAAUUACAGAACUUGAUCAAUUUAGGAAUGAGAAGGCUGUUGGAAGAAACAUCAUGGCCCCUUCAGUAGAAAUCAAUCUCAUGGAUGAUUUUCUUGAAAUGGAAAGGCUUGCAGCUUUGCCAGAUACAGAAAGUGCAACUGGUUUUAAUGAGGCUGGUCUUGUAUCUGAUCAAACCAGUACAGUUGAAAACCCAUUGAAGGCUGAAGUUGAAACCUUUAUCCACCGGAUUGCUGAACUAGAGGGGAAGCUAGCAAUGACAGAAGCAGAAAAGUUGGAAUUGAAGUUGGCUUUCACUGAAUCUCAAAAGCAGCUUGAAACAUUGCAAAAUCAACUAAGGGAAGCUGAGACAAAGUUGGCAGAUCUUCAAACUCAAUUAGCUCUUGCUGACAACUCAAAGCAAGCCGCAGAGGACGAAGUAAAAGUUGCAAAUAUGAAUAGAGAAGUGGCAGAAUCAAGAUUUAGAGAUGCUGAAAUUGAAGUAAAAACUUUACUGUCCAAAGUUACUUCAUUAGAAGAAGAGGUUGGAAGGGAACAAGCAUUGUCUGCCAGAAACGUGAGCAAAUGCAAAGAAUUGGAGGAUGAACUUUCAAAAUUGAAACGUGAAGCCGAGCUCCGACUUGACGCAGAGCGCCAGCUUGUGGCUAGUUAUAAUGAAGAGUUGAAGGCGCAGCAGGACAAGGAGCUAGCAAUUGCUGCCGGUAAACUUGCUGAAUGCCAGAAGACAAUUGCUUCUCUUGGCCGGCAGUUGAAAUCCCUUGCUACGCUGGACGAUUUCCUGAUUGACCCUGAUAAGCCGCUGGAGCUUGUGGAUGGAGGAUUACAAUGUCCCAAAAAUGGUGAGGAACAACCGAAACCAGGUUCUACUUAUAUGGAUUUUUCAAAAAGAGGGGCUGAAUCUUCUAAAUUAGUUGGUGAGUAUGUUAAAUAUUCACAGAAUGGCAAUGCAGUGGAGUCAACAUUACCACUAAAACCAGUCACUGCCUCUGACAAAAGUCGAACUGGUUUCGGGAAAAUUGUCCCACGAAGUAGGAGUGGGAAACAGGUCUGAGUAUCUGUUGUCAGUCAUAUUUGUAUGUAGACCAAAAUCAUUUAACUUAAAAAAUUUUCCAUCAACAGGUAUCUAAAUACAUGAUUACUCAGGGUGAACAAAAAUUAUUGAAAGAAGAUAUAGUAUACAUAACAUAUAUAAUUAUAGCA